CUGGCCGCCAGCGGUCGAAUCGAGCGCGGGUCUCCAUCUGCGCCCGAGUUCUAGUCGACCGACAAGGCAAGAUGUCCUCUAUAUCAACCACCAUGGUCAAGGAGCAGCCGGAGCCGACGCCUUCCCCGCGUCUCGAGGCACCCUCAAACUCGCGCGCUUCCAAGCUGAAGGCCCGCGCGACUCAUUGGGCGAACAAAGUCAGUACUAGGCACGGUUGGCUUGGUGACUAUGACUACGGUUGGCUCUGCAUGCCUACUCUGCCCUUUGCGUACGGAUCCAGGGAAGCGAGGCUGGCGCGGAGGAGGUCUCCGCCUUUCUACGCCUUGGAUGCGGAACUCCCGCUGGUACUAGCCAUGACUACGGGACUCCAGCACGCACUUGCCAUGCUCGCCGGACUAAUUACUCCUCCGAUCAUCUUUGCCAGUGCUUUGAAUCUGGAUGCGGCGACGAGUUCGUACAUGAUUUCCGCCAGCUUGAUCGGAUGCGGGAUCCUGAGUCUGGUGCAGAUGUCUAGAACUCGACUAUUCAGAAAUUAUUACAUCGGGACCGGUUUGAUCACAGUAGUCGGGACGAGUUUUGCCACUCUCAGUACAGCCAAUGCUAUUUUCAAUGCGAUGUAUUCUGAUGGCACGUGCCCCUCCACUACGGCGGCAGACGGUACGGUAACUCGCGGGCCCUGCCCCGAUGCCUACGGAUACGUGCUCGGUACCUCCCUAAUCUGCUCUUUCCUGGAAAUCUUCAUGUCAUUCGUCUCGCCGCGUAUCUUGCAGCGCAUCUUCCCGCCGCUGGUGACGGGCACCGUCAUCCUCAUGAUUGGCGCAUCCCUCAUCGGCUCUUCGGGUAUUCCGAACUGGGGCGGGGGAUCCAACGACUGCAUGUCCCGACCCGCGUCAGGUAUAUUCCAGCUCUGCCCGACCACAUUGGCCCCGCGCCCCCUCCCCUGGGGUAGCCCGGAGUUCAUUGGUCUGGGCUUCCUCAGCUUCGUUAGUAUUAUUUUGACAGAGCUGUUUGGGAGCCCUUUCAUGAAGAAUAUCAGUAUUAUUGUGGGCCUCGCGGUGGGAUGUAUAGUGGCGGGGGCAGCGGGCUACAUCGACGGGAGUUCGAUCAAGACUGCACCAGCGAUCACAUUCUUGUGGGUCAAGACGUUCAAAAUCCGUGUCUACCCACCAGCCAUAUUGCCCAUGCUGGCCGUCUACAUCUCGCUUGCGAUGGAAGCCAUCGGGGACAUCACUGCCUCCUCGGAAGUGUCGCGUGUCGCAGUCGACGGGGAGGAGUUCGACUCGCGUAUCCAGGGCGGCGUGCUGUCCGACGGUAUUGGGGGAUUCGUCUCCGCGCUCUUCACGGUCACGCCCCUGAGCAUAUUCGCGCAGAAUAAUGGAGUGAUCGCGAUCACUCGGUGCGCAAACCGGACUGCCGGGAGGUGGUGCUGUUUCUUCCUGAUCUUAUUCGGGGUGUUGGGCAAGAUCUCGGGGGUGUUCUUAGCUAUACCGAACCCAGUCUUGGGAGGCGUCACGACGUUCCUGUUCGCGACCGUCGCCGUGUCUGGCAUCCGUGUGCUCUCGUAUAACCGCUUCACCCGACGGGACCGGUUCGUCCUAGCCGCCGCUCUGUCUUUUGGGAUCGGAGACCUCCUAGUGCCGACAAUCUUCACGCACCUGUUUGAUGGCGUCAGGAACCCGAAUAAGGGACUACAAGGGCUGUUUGAUUCGAUUACGAUCGUCCUGAGCACACCUUUCUUGAUAUCAGGGAUUGUCGCUGUCGUGCUUAAUCAGAUACUGCCGCAGGAGGAUUUGUUUGAGGAAGAGGAGGACGAGGUGCAUACCGAGACAGUGGAUGUGGAGGCUCAUGGGGACAAGGAGAAGCACUGAAGAUAGUCUUUUCUUUCCAUGUUGUACUGCGUAUACUAGAACUAAUUGUACACUAAUGAAAG